CCGCGCCACUCGUCUUCUUCCACCUCUCUCUGACAAUGAAUAGCUCGAUGACGACAAGUCCAACGGCUCGAGCCUUCCUUCAUCUUCACUCGUCACCAUUCACUUUACGUUCCAGGCAGCCACCGGCCGGAGUAUGUCUAGUCUCGUGGCCGCCUUCUCCGUCUCGCAGGACUCGUCGACUCGUCUGUAUGGCCGAACCUUACCUCAUUAGGAAAAUGGAGUCUGUUGAGAAGACAUGGAAGGAGUUAUCGGUAAAACUAGCUGACCCAGAUGUUGUUUCAAAUCAAUCUGAAUACCAAAAACUGGCACAGUCCAUGUCGGAGCUUGAUGAGGUUGUAUCAGUCUUCAGGAGAUUCAAGGACUGUGAAAAGCAGUUACUAGAAAGCAAAGUUUUGGCGAAAGAGGCUGGAGAUGAUGAAGAUAUGGCUGAAAUGAUAGGAAGUGAAAUCAGCUCUCUCACCAAAGAAAUUGAGGAGCUUGAAAAACAACUUAAGGUGUUACUUCUUCCUUCCGAUCCUCUUGAUGCCAGAAACAUAUUGCUCGAAGUUAGAGCAGGAACUGGUGGCGAUGAAGCUGCAAUUUGGACUGGUGACCUUGUGCGUAUGUAUCAGAGGUACAGCGAGCGCAGCUCUUGGAAGUUUUCUAUGGUUUCAUGCUCAGAGGCUGAACAUGGAGGUUACAAGACGUGUGUGAUGGAGAUCAAAGGAAAUCGUGUCUAUAGCAAGCUCAAAUACGAAUCUGGUGUUCAUCGAGUCCAGCGUGUUCCUCAAACAGAAACACAGGGUCGUGUACACACUUCUACAGCAACUGUAGCCAUCAUGCCAGAGGCUGAUGAAGUGGAAGUGGUGAUUGACCCAAAGGACAUUGAACUUACAUCUGCAAGAUCUGGCGGCGCUGGAGGGCAAAAUGUCAACAAAGUGGAGACGGCUAUAGAUCUAUUCCACAAACCGUCAGGUAUACGCAUUUUCUGUACAGAAGAAAGGACUCAGAUUAGAAACAAGGCUCGUGCUUUCCAGCUUCUGCGAGCAAAACUGUAUGAAAUAAAAGUAAGGGAACAACAAGAGAAGAUAAGGAAUGAAAGGAAAUCUCAGGUUGGGACUGGAGCUCGUUCAGAAAAGAUAAGAACAUACAAUUAUAAGGACAGUAGAGUGACUGAUCAUAGGCUUAAGAUGAAUUUUGCACUUACAUCAUUUCUUGACGGUGCCUUAGAGGACGCAGUGCAGGCUUGUGCUGCUUUGGAGCAAAAGGAGCUCAUGGAAGAACUCUCCGAGUCUGUAGCUGCUUCUUGAUAAUUGCUCAAACUAAACUCAAAUAAAAACUUUGUACACAC